AUGAGCUCGAAGAAACCGGUUUUAAAAGAGGUACCUGAUGUUGUGGUCAAUGCAGUAACGGGCGCUACAUAUAAAAAGGGAAGAUUUUUGGGCAAAGGUGGUUUUGCUCGAUGUUAUGAACUUACAGACAUAAAAGAUCAAAGAUUUUACGCUGGCAAAGUUGUUUCAAAAUUACUUCUACUGAAAAAUCAUCAGCGCGACAAGAUGGCUCAAGAGAUCCGAAUCCACAGAAGUUUGCAGCAUAAGCAUAUUGUGAGAAUGGAUGGCUUUUUUGAAGAUACUGAUAAUGUCUACAUUUUGUUGGAGCUGUGUCCUCGUAGAUCUUUGAUGGAACUACACAAACGUCGAAAACAUGUAACAGAACCGGAAGCACGUUAUUUCACGAAGCAGAUUGUUGAGGCGUGCGAGUAUCUUCAUAAAAAUAAAAUCAUUCAUCGAGAUUUAAAAUUGGGGAACUUAUUUUUAAAUGAAGAAAUGGAGAUUAAAGUUGGUGAUUUUGGCUUGGCGACAGUGGUUGAGGUAGAUGGCCAAAGGAAGAAAACUUUAUGUGGUACACCUAAUUACAUCGCACCCGAAAUGCUCGAUAAAAAAGGUCAUUCCUAUGAAGUAGACAUCUGGGCAAUUGGCUGUAUUCUGUACACAUUAUUGGUGGGAAAACCGCCGUUUGAAACUUCUUCUCUUAAGGAUACUUACAACAGAAUAAAGAACAACAAUUAUUCAAUACCAGGUCGUAUUAGUGACGAAGCUGAACAGCUCAUUCGACGAUUACUGCAAACUGAUCCUGAAAAACGUCCUACUAUUCAUGAGGUGUCGUAUUACGCAUUUUUUAAAGGUUAUACUCCAAGCAGGCUACCGACAUCAUGUCUUACAAUGGCGCCCAAAUUUGCGAAUACGGAAAUUCCGGAUAAGCGUUCUGCUCUAAACGAAUUGAGACAGGAAAAUAUUAUAAUUAGCCCGAAAGAACGCGUGCGUAAGGAUCUCUUAACAGUGCCGGUUCGCCCGUUGACUUCCGUUCCCGAGUUGCAGAUUGUUUCAAAUACGAAGCAUCGUAUUUAUGAGCCACGCACGACGGGGACAGGGAUAUCGUAUGGGUCUGGUGAUCAUCCUCUUGAUUGUUAUUUGUCAGAUUUGUGUAGGCAGCUGGCGGAAGUUGUUAAUAGUAUGCCAAAAGAAAAUCCAAAUAUUCGAGAUGAUGAUGUGGAGGAUCCUGCUGCUAUGCCAGUCUUCUGGAUCUCAAAAUGGGUUGAUUAUUCAGAUAAGUAUGGAUUGGGUUAUCAACUUUGUGAUAAUUCUAUUGGCGUUGUGUUUAACGAUAACACGAAAAUGGUUCUGGAUGCAGCAGGAGAGCAAGUGCAAUAUCUGGGACGUGAAAAUGACGAACAUUAUUACACUGUAAAGCAUUAUCCUGAAAAACUGCAAAAAAAGAUCACUCUACUACAAUAUUUCAAAAACUAUAUGUCUGAGCAUUUGCAAAAAGCUGGUGCUGACAUGCCUAUACGUGAGGGUGAUGAAUUAGCUCGUUUACCUGUUCUUCGUAUUUGGUUCCGAACGCAAUCCGCUAUCGUUCUUCAUCUGACCAAUGGAACGCUACAGCUUAACUUUUUUGAAGAUCAUACGAAGCUCGUAAUCUGUCCGUUGAUGGGAGCUGCGACAUACAUCGACAGCGAACGCAAUUUUCGUGUCCUCAAACUUGCUGCGCUUGUUAAGUAUGGAUGUCCAAAAGCGCUUCUCGAUCGUUUACGUUAUGCGAAGAUGAUGGUAGAACGAUUGAUGUCUGCACAUUCUGCUCGACCAUUUUCAUCAGUGCUUACGUCAAUGGCACGUCAUCCUUCGAAUAUUGCUGGCAAUUAG